AUUGCCUGCUGAUUGAAAGGGGGCUUGGCCCUCGGCGCACAACGCCACGCAAGCUGUGGACCUGCUCCUAGCCGGUGGAGAGUCCCAUCCAGCAAGUUGAAAGUGAAGCACCGACCGUCCGUCGGCAGCCAUGGCAUCCAGCGACGAUGAAGACGACCUUCUCGCCCAGGCCGUUGCUGAGAUGGAGGCGAAGGAAAGGGGCUAUCAAGCGCCCUCCCCUCCAAAGCCGCAGGUCCGCCCUGUGACCCCCCCAUCGCAGGCCGCCCCUGUUAGGGCCGCUUCGGUAGCCCCUGCACCUGUGCAAGCAUCCCCGAUCCCAAGCCGGGGCCCUUCCCCCACCCCUGCUGCCCCCCCGCUCGUCAAGGCGCCCGCUGCUCAAGCUGCUCGGGAGCAAAGGCAGCAAGUCUCGAGCCCCGUCGUGCAGAAGAUAAAGUCGUGGGGGUCAUCCAUGGUUCCCGGCAGGGGGGCCUCUCGUGCACCUUCGCGAGCUGUCGCUCCUCCCCCCCCGUCGCCCCCGCAACGGGACGAUGAUGAGGAGUCCGAUGUGGAAAUGCUGAGCAUUUCAAGCGAAGAGGGCUAUGAACCGGUGGCUCCUCCGGGGGGCCAAAGGCCACUGGUGGGAGUAUCCAGGCAGAAUGAAGCAUCUGAUUUCCAAGACUUAGAUGCUGAACUGGACGACGAAGACGAUGCCACAACAUGGAAGCAAGUCGAUACUGAACAGCUGUCUGACCGCGCGCUGAACGUGCGGUCCGUGAACCGAGCGGCCCAUGCCGAGAAUGUCGCCAGCCGGACGCUGAGGCGGGCGUCCACCAUCGACACGGAGCGGAUGGACACUCUGCAAGAUCCGCUGGGGCUAGGCAACAUCAGUCUAAAGACCAUGACUCUGGCGCGAGCGGGGGUGAGCGCGUCAGCGUCGCCCUCAGCGUCGGAGAGCAGCAGGAGGCGAGGGGCGACGAACAGGCUUGGCUCUCGGGAGACGUCGUUUGGCCAGGAUGACUUCAGCAGUGCACCGCCCUCGCCAGCGGGGCCUCUGGAUCCUGCAGACAAAGAGAAGAUGCUGGUGUUCAGCGAGAAGUUCGACCCGCAGCUGUACCUGGCGCGCUUCCACCGCGAGACGCCCGCGAACGAGCUGGAGCUGGGGGAGCGCGCGCUCAAGGCGGACCUACAAAACCGCAAGGAGCAGCUCAAGAAACUCGUCAAGGACAACUUCGACUGCUUCAUCAGCUGCAAGAACACCAUCGACGAUAUUCAUUCGAAGCUGCAGCAAAUUGAGUCGGACCGAGAGGGCGCUGGCACGCUGCAGUUGAGCCAGGCCAUAGAGGGUGUCGACGAAGUCGCGAAGAGGGCGUUCAAGCCUCUCCUAGAACGGCAGGCUCAGGCGGAAAGGAUCCGUUCCGUCCAGGGCGUCCUGCAGCGGUUCCGGACGCUUUUCAAUCUGCCAAGCGCGAUUCGCACGCAUAUCAAGAACAAGGAGUAUGACUUGGUGGUGCGCGAGUACAAGAAGGCCAAGAGCCUCAUCAUGCCAAGCAAAGCUGGCAUUCUGCAGAACGUGCUGGAGGAGGUGGAUAAAGUGGUGGCUGAAUUCAAGGGCAUGCUGACUAAGUCGCUGGAGAGCCCAAGCGCGCAGCCCUCCGAGGUGGAGCGCACCAUCAAGCUGCUGCUCGAGCUGGAGCCCAACAGCGAUCCCAUCUGGCACUACCUGCAAACGCAGGAGAAGCGCAUUGGUGACGAGCUGGAGAGCGUAGCGGCGGAGCACGACGCCCGAAUGGAGGCAUUCGUGGAGCGGGUCAGGGAGAAGGUGCAGGCGGAGGCGCGCUGGCAGCAGCUGCAAAAGGACCAGACUAAAGGGUCUCAGGUGGACCUCACGCUCCUCCUCGGUUCCGAAAACGGAUACCAGGAAGAUCUGCGGGUAUCGGAAGCGGCUGGGGAAGAGGCGGACGCACUUAUGGGACGGCAGAUCCGACGGCUGACGGCGGUCAUCGUGAAGCACGUGCCCAACUUCUGGCGGUUGUGGCUGGCCAUCUACAGCGGCAGGUUUGCAAAGGCGAACGACCUGCCGAACCAGCUGGAGGAGCAGGGCGCGAAUGGGCAGAAGGCGAAGGCGUUGGCAGCUAAGUUUCCGUCCUACUACAAGGAAGAUGAGAAGGACAGCCGCUACAUCAAGCACCCGCAAGAAGAGGUCGAGCAGAUGGUGCUGGGGAUCCUGGGCGCUUAUGAAACCAAGGUCCAGAGCACGUUCAUGACGUUGGCGGAGGCCACGGUGCUGCGUCCGUACAUGCGGGAAGCAGUGCUGGAAGUGGCCAAGGCGUGCAGCGCGCUCAAGGAGAAGGACUGUGCGCCGCAUUCUGCGGUGCAGGCCAUGCUGGUCUUGCGGACAGAGGUGACACGUGUCUUCGUCCUGCGGCUGUGCACCUUGAUGCGCGGCACCACCCGGGAGCUCUCGUACGAGGAGGACUGGGUUCCGGUGCCAACGGCGGCCCGGAAUCUGACCCCGUAUGCCGUGUCUGCGUUUCCCCUGCGGUUUGGGGACAUGCUGACGACCGCGCUGGACCACGUGGCAGAUGCGCUGCCGCAGGGCCAGCUGGCGGAGUUCGGAAAAGACGAGGCCCUGGAGUCCGCCGUCCGCUCCAUGCAGGACAGCGUCCGCUCCACCUUCUUCGACUGCUUCCAGGACUACACAGAGUGCCUGACCAAGAUGCACACGGACGCCGUCGGCUCUUCCGCGGGCCUCCAGUCUCCGGACGGCCGGGAAGGGGCGGGCCCGAACACCGCGAGCGAGGGGGAGUUCGCCCUGCCCACCGUCGGACGGCGCGCGGAGUCCGUGCAGCAGAAGAUCAUGCUGCUGCUCAGCAACAGCGCAUAUGUGCGGACGUUCCUGGUGCGGGAGCUGGUCAAGCAGUACCAAUCCCUCUGGACCCCUUCCUCCCUCCCUCUCCACACCAACCCUGCAACCAGCCCGAGUCGGCCCCACCGGGGGGGUCCCCGGCCCGACUACGAGAAGCAACUAGAGGAGCGGGAGGCAGCAGCGGCAGCCGCCGCAGCGGCGCAGCAGGACUUGAGCGGAGCUACGGGAGUCGCCGAGGUGUCGGAGAGUUUGUCAGCGCUGGAAGAGCGGCUGCUGGAAGACUACCUCGAGCGGAAGGCUGCGUUGCUGGGCCCUGCUGUGACUGCGUAUCUGUUGGAGGACAACACUCCGUGGGGCCAGGCGCCCCCGGUGAAAGGCCUGCGGGAUGCAGUCCUGGAGCUGCUACACCCCCUUGUAGCGGUCCAUGCCGAGGUGCACGCCUGCGCUCGGCCGUUCGUGGGCAAGGCCAUCAGCGUGUUGGCGGAGAGCCUGUUCGCCUUCCUGCGCAGCUCCUGCCGAGAGCGCAUCCGAACGCUGGACGCGAACGGGUACGCGCAGCUGAUGCUGGAGGUCGAUUACCUCGACAUCGUGCUCGCGCCGUUCGCGACGGAUGCGUUCGAAGAAACCGUAACGGCGCUGCGGGCCGUGCUCCAGGACAAGGUUCUUGCCGAAAGCACCCCAGGCCACUCGCGGCGCACCAGCAGGGCCGACAGUACGGACGAACUUGACCUCGGGGAGUCACCCGCGGCCAGCCCUGUGGGGGCAGUCGAGGAAGCGCAGGCGGCGGCCAAGGCGGCCAACGCCAGGUUCCUGGAGCCGGAGCUGAAGCGGACUCGCAUCAACGUCAUCUGCUUCAAGGAAGGGGGCCUCAUGGAAGCAAGCGGGGGUGGUCUGACGCCACCCCCCCACGCACGGUCGGCACCAGCACCCUCUCAGAGCCGUGCCCGACCAAGCUCACAAACCCCUAACGGGUGGCAGCCCCCUCUUCCGGCAGCUACGUCAGCCCCGCCUUUGGGAAACCAGUCAAUCUCUACUCCGCCUCCUGGAGCAGCGUCUAACCGAACGGACAGGCAGCAUCGACGGACGUCCUCUCUCUCGAGCCAAGACAGUGACAUCAGCGACGCGUACCGGCCAGCUUCGAGGGUUCCACCACGGUCCCCCGUGCACCAAGCAGCAAUGGGGUAUGGCGGCGAUGGGCUCGAUACUUACGGACGAAGUACGCCCGCGCCCAGUGUGUAUAGCGUGGCGAGUUCGAGUAGGCAAGCAGCCAGUUCUAGAACAGGCUGGUCAAGUAGGCGACCGACGGAUGCGGAGGAUUUGACAUAGGGCGGACAAAGCCGUCCACGACACUGUAAAAUACCAACAUAUGUUUGACACUGAACCAUUGUUGCCAGGCGGAUGUAGCAUCCAAGCCGCUUUCCUAGUUAGCCCACUGUACCUUUCUGAACACUCUGGCCUUUGAUCCGAGCCUUCUGUCAUGUCUAGGAGGCUCGAUAAGAGUCUUCAGGAACCAACCCAGCGAUCUGAUUGGUCGAGUGACAUAAGCUCAACACCCUCGACCGAGUUUACGACUUCCCCGAGAAGAAGCUGGGUUGGUAUUAAAAGGAUGGACCGAGGCAGACUUGGAGAUGGUGUCAAGGCUUUGUGCCGAGCACGCAUUCUGGACGCGUUGGCACUUUCUCCAGGUUUUCGGUGGUCAUUACGUAGCUAUACUCACAGCCCAGACUGUGAGUGGUCACCGGUUUUAUUCCUCAUGUCAACUGGUUGAGGCAAUGGCGUGUACGAU